AUGCAUCAGUACCACGCUGGGCAACAUCGAAGCCCCGAAGAAGGACUAAAUUUACCAGCCCUGGUCUUCUCCUCUCAGGGCAGCAUGGACACAUCACGAUAUGGACCCUCUCCUUGGCGACACCCCGCCGCCGGUUCAGCCCGGUUCCGGACCAUCGUCCGAACCAUCCGAUCUCAAAUCAACCGCAAAGUGCUUCAGGAUACGCGUCUAGAAUAA